CAAGGGGGGGGGGAAACCAAACAUAGCUACUGGAGCGGCGGCUGCGGCGGCUGCUCGCCCCUUCCUCGUCCCGAAGGGCGCUCUCUUUCUCUCUCUCUACCGCUCGCGAACCCUAUAAGAGGAAGAGGAAACCUAUAGAUCUAGCGACCAUGGCGCACGCUUUAGGAGCUCUGGCAUCCGUCUCUCCGUCAGUCGCAGCGGACGCGUCGCUGAGGAAGGCCGGAUUCAAGAUUAACAAUAAUCUUAGCUACGACAACAAGUUAUGGAUUCCCUUGUCAUCUGUGAAUUUGAAAAGCAGAUUUUCAUCAACAAAGUACCAGUGCAAGGUGGUAUCUAUGUCUGUCCAACAAACUGUCCAAAGUAAAAUUCCAAUUCAGCCUUUGGAACUCGAGAAUGCCAAAGAACCCCCUCUUAAUUUGUACAAGCCCAAGGAACCCUAUACCGCAACAAUUGUCUCAGUUGAGAGGCUCGUGGGCCCAAAUGCCCCUGGUGAGACAUGCCAUAUUGUAAUUGAUCAUGGAGGCAAUGUGCCUUACUGGGAAGGGCAAAGUUAUGGUGUUAUUCCUCCUGGUGAGAACCCAAAGAAACCUGGGAAUCCCCACAAUGUCCGUCUCUACUCUAUUGCAUCGACUAGGUAUGGGGAUUCGUUUGAUGGCAAGACAGCUAGUCUAUGUGUCCGUCGUGCUGUUUAUUAUGAUGCUGAGACUGGGAAGGAGGACCCAUCAAAGAACGGUGUCUGCAGCAAUUUUCUCUGUGACUCGAAGCCAGGAGACAAGAUUCUGCUCACAGGACCCUCGGGAAAAAUCAUGCUGCUACCAGAGGAGGAUCCAAAUGCCACUCACAUCAUGAUUGCAACAGGGACUGGGGUUGCUCCUUUCCGUGGAUACCUUCGCCGCAUGUUCAUGGAAGCUGUACCCACUUACAAAUUUGGUGGCCUUGCAUGGCUCUUCUUGGGGGUUGCAAACUCUGACAGCCUUCUCUAUGAUGAUGAAUUUACCGGCUACCUCAAGGACUAUCCGGAUAACUUUAGGUAUGAUAAGGCCCUUAGCAGAGAGCAGAAGAACAAGAAUGGGGGAAAGAUGUAUGUCCAGGACAAGAUCGAGGAGUAUAGUGAUGAAAUCUUCAAGCUUUUAGAUGGAGGUGCCCACAUCUACUUUUGUGGUUUGAAAGGGAUGAUGCCUGGAAUUCAAGAUACGCUGAAGAGAGUUGCUGAGGAGAGAGGAGAGAGUUGGGACACCAAGCUCUCUCAGCUGAAGAAGAACAAGCAAUGGCAUGUUGAGGUUUACUAGGUAAAAAAAAUGGCAAGCUUAAAUCAGAUUAGCCUUCUGGAAGAUGUAAUACAUGAAAUCACUUCUUCUUGUCAUGUGAUUUUAUUCUCAAUAGCAGAGUCCAUUGUUGUGGUCCAUUCACAGUGGAAGAACAUCCAUUCAUCUCUGUGAAGCUACUUUCAACUUUUGUUGUGUCAAUAAUUUAUAAGAGAAGCAGUUUCUCUUGGA